UUGCGUUUGAAGGUGCGAGCCCUCAGAGCCCGCCGCGCACAGAGCCCGCCAUGGCCCCCGGCAGGAAAAAGGGCAGCGCCAGCGCCCGCCGCCGCAAAAUGGAGGCCUUCCUCCAGGACUUCGACAGAGAAGUGCAGCGGCGGCUGAAGCGGAUCGAGGCGGACGGGGAGCGCAUGGUGCAAGAAGUGGAGCACAUGUACGACAUGGCCAUCCUGCGGCUGCCGCCGGAGAUCCGCGAGAUGAACUGGCUGGAGUUCUUCGCUCUAGCAAGAAGUGAAAAGGCGCCAGAGGAUGUGGCUAAGGCAGACGUGGAAAUAACAAAAAUCCGCAGGCUAAGCGCAGAAGUCAUCGAUCCCCUGUUGGAUGUUGCUGAGAAAGUGAGUAAGAUCAAAAGGAGUGUUGAAGCUGAUGAGGAAGCAGAGCCUCCAUCACUUCCACUGCAGAAGAGAUCUCGACUUGCCAGCCAGUGUCCUUCAGAGGCUGAGAAUGGGGAUGCAAGGACUGCCAAGGUGAAGGCAUCCACCAAAAAGCCACCCAUGGCCAGAAGACCCCCCUCAGCAACUGUGAAGGGCAGGAGCAAGAGAUCAAGCAAAAACAGUUUCAUCACUCCAGCUACUGGCAGAAUGGUUGACAUGUGUGCUCGGGGAAGCACAUCCAUGGUUACACCCAGAUUUGAUCCCAGGGUGUUCAAGACGCCGGGCCUGCGCACGCCUGCCCUCAACGAGCGCGUUUACACCUUCUCUGCCAAGGGCAGCCCCCUGGCCGACCCCGAGGACGUCAUCCUCACCCUGCCCCUCGGGGGAGGAGAGAGCAUACGUUUGACAGAAAAGGAUCUGACCAAGAAGAAUUUUCUUCAGCUGAACCCCAAGGCCCAAGGGCUCAUGCAGAAGCUGUCAGUUUGUCUCACACAGGCUUGCAACGAGGCAAAAAUGCCCCAAGAGGGAAGUCAGUGAGCAAGACAUCCCUCUGUAGUUCUUGUUUUAAUUUGUAUAUUCAUUUUAUUCAUCUACAGAACGAAAGCUAAAAACUAGUUAUUCUACCUGUGAUAUAUAAUGGGAUCAAAAUAAAUUGAACUUUGAAGAGAAAUA